GGUUGUUCUGGUGAAACUCUCACUGUGCCUAUGCAGUGCUGGGUUCACAACGCUCUGCUCUCCUGGAGCAGCGUGAUAAGUCUGUUAACUCAUUAACACCUCCAGCUUACGGGAGACUUGGCUUCCAGCCCCUUCGGCAGCUCCACGCUCCAGGAAGUUUUUCUGCACUUUCUGUUUUGGUUUCUUUUCCUGCUGAGCCGGGCUGGCUGGCAGCUCCCGCCAUGAAGCUGCUGAAGGCUGCAGUAAUCUUUGCUCUUGUGCCCACUCUGGCGCCGGCUUUUGACCCUCUCAGCAUUUCCGUGGUUGCGGGGAGCGCUGUCAUGGCUUGGCAUCUCCUGUCCUCCGACUCGUGGCUCAAGUGCCGCUUCCAGGAGUGCUGCAGGAGGAAUGCCACUGUGAACUUCAAAGCGCUGAAGGCGCAGCUGGACAGCCGGCUCUUCGGGCAGCACCUGGCCAAGGACGUGGUGCUGAAGGCGGUGCUGGGCUUCAGCAACAACCCCAGCCCCAAGAAGCCGCUGAUGCUGUCGCUGCACGGCUGGGCCGGCACCGGCAAGAAUUUCCUCAGCCAGAUCCUGGCGGAGCAGGUGCACCCCGCCGGCCUGCGCAGCAAGUUCGUGCAUCUCUUCCUGGCCACGCUGCACUUCCCGCACCACGACCAGGUGAAGCUGUACAAGGAGCAGCUGCAGAACUGGAUCCGGGGCAAUGUCAGUGCCUGUCCCUCCUCUGUCUUCAUUUUUGAUGAGAUGGACAAAAUGCAUCCAGGUGUCAUUGAUGCCAUCAAGCCCUUCUUAGACUAUUAUGAGGAGGUUGAUGGGGUGUCCUACAGGAAAGCCAUUUUCAUCUUCCUCAGCAAUGCAGGUGGUGAUUUAAUUAACAAAGCAGCUCUUGACUUCUGGACAAGUGGCAAGCGCAGGGAAGAUAUUCAGCUGAAAGACCUGGAGCCCUUGCUCUCUGUAGGAGUCUUCAACAACAAGAAUAGUGGGCUGUGGCACAGCAGCAUCAUUGACAGGAACCUCAUUGACUACUUUGUCCCUUUCCUGCCCCUGGAGCAAAGGCAUGUGAAGAUGUGUGUGAGGGCUGAAAUGGCAGCCCGUGGCUAUGCUGUGGAUGAGAAGAUUGUUCAGGAAGUGGCUGAUGAGAUGACCUACUUCCCCAAGGAGCAGAGGAUCUACUCUGAUAAAGGCUGCAAGACUGUACAGGCCAAGCUGGAUAUUCAUGAAGACCUUGUGAUGAGAGAUACCAACACCAGGGGUUGAUUUCCACUUUGGGUCUCCACAGCACUUCCAGAGCUUUUGGAAAUCUGUGUAUUUGCACUUACACUUUUUUACUGUUGCAGGGAGUAUGGUGAAAAUACCAGAGUGAGCUGUAUGGGCUUUGUAGCUUGUGUGUUUGGUUGUUUUUGUUUUUUUUAAUUUGGGUUUGGUUUUUUUUAACUUAACAUAGAAUUAGGACUUAGAUUUUCUAGUGCCAUCCUCUGCCAUGGGCAGGGACACUUUCCAUUGAAUCAGGUCACUCAUAGUCCCCUCAAGCCUGUUCAUCUCUGAACUGGCUGGUACCCCAGUGUUGCCCCCUUUAGUUUUCUUUUAGUCUAUAGAGAAUUUCUAGUGUGACACACAGCACUGGAUACAGCCUCUCCUGCUUUAGUCUUCCAAGUGCUGGGAUUAUAAAGUAUUUAAUUCCUCUUUCCACAUAAACUAGAUUGGAACAAAGGAAAGCAGAGGAAUUUUUCCAGGUAGUUGUACUCCGUUCCAUGUACACAGUCCUGUUCACAUUCACAGGGAAAUGGAGGGAUGUGUGCUGUGUUCUGAACUCUGAUCAUGUCUGCAAGGGUGAACUCCUUGUGCAUUGCAGUAAGAAGAUGAUAUGGUAGAAAUCUUCCUGUGCCUCAGCUGGGCACAUCCUACAUCUCCUAGUAAUAUGGGAAGUCAUUAUGAGCUCCUAGAAAUCUCUUAGUAAAUAAUAGAGAGAGGGCAGGAGAAGAGGAAGUAAGAGCUUGCCCCAUGUUUCUUUUGGGAAAAAUAAACUGUUAAAGUAUUUUUAAAGGGGCUAAGUAAAUUUGUGACUCCAGGUCUUUCUAAACUGAGGGACCCAUCUGAGAGAUCUGUUACAACAUAAUAGGCCAGUCUUUUGUACUUAAGCAGAAAAAGCAAUAAUGAGAAUUCAGCUGUUGCAGUUUGUCAGAUUAAUCUGUGUGGGCUCCUGGACCUGAAGUCUGUGAGGUCUUUAGUAGUCCCUCCCUGCUGCUCCUACUGGUCAAGGUGUGGAUAAUGCUGCUCUCACCUUGCUUGGAAGACACUUGAAUUGAAGAAAUUAUUUUUAAUAGUGUAUUUUUAUGCUGAAGUGUAAGCAACAGCAACAAGCCUCACUAGUUGGGUAUGUUUUAUAAAAGAAUGCCUGUGUGAAAGGGUGAAUGAUGAGUUAAGAAGCUGGGAAAGAUCAAUUUAACCUUCACCCAGUGGGGAGGCUGGGUUUUAAACGCUGUUGCAAGCUUUAACUCUUGGUCUCCCAUCGCCUGUGUAUCGAAUGUUGUAAUGCCAGACAGAAGUGCCUUUCACUUCGGUGGUUGUACUGUGGUUUUAAAUUGGUACAAGGGAGGGGGCUGUUUUUAUGCUGCAUCAUCUAUUCCCUCACUUGUUCUUAAACUUCCUUUAAGAGGUAAUGCUAAUUAUACGUCUCAUUACAAUGAUGUUAAUUCAAAUUACAACAGAGAGUUUAGCGCUCAUGUUAAACUCUAAAUUAAAAGUGUUGAUUGCCUUUUACAGCCCCACUGGAGUUUGUCAAACAUUGGCAAACUGUUCACAGUGAUGCAAUCUCCAGAGCCAAACACUAGCAAGCCAUUAACCUUGGGACAUUGGACUGUCACUUUUCAGUGUGAUGUUUUCCCUCCUAACUGAUUUAUUCGUAGUUGUAUAUGCUGCAUCCAGUUUCACUUCAAAAAGAAAAUAUUUGUGCUAUUUCAAAACACUAAAUACUACUGUACUGCAGUUGGAAUAAAUCCUAAGUGACUUCUUC